AUGAAUUAUAAAAUCAUGGAUACAUUUUCUACACAAAGGUAUGAAACAAAGAUUCAAAGUUUUGAUACAUGCAUGAUUGAUGCUGCAAAUCAACAGAGAGAAAUAUCUGAAACAGUCAAUGGACAGGCAUCUUCUCAAACAGUUGAAGUUGAGAAUCAAGAAAAUCAUGAAACUUCAAGUUUACAUCAGCCACAACAUGAAUCUGAACAACAACAUCAACAAGAUCAACCUAAUCAAAUCUCACAGUUACAAUCUAAUACUCAACAAAGUAUGACUCUUACUCCAAUUCGAUUACCUGCCAUACUUGAUGGAGAAUUCUUUACUGUAAUUAGAGUAGAAGACAGUAAUGUAACAGUUCGAUGUUUACAAUGUCAAAAACAUUUAAAUGGAAAUUUAAAAUCUACUGGAAAUUUUUUAAGUCAUAUCAAAAGAGUACAUCCUUUUAUGGUUGAUAAAAUAAAAUGUAAAUCUAAUCAAAGAAAACCUGCAAUGAUAUAUAUUGAUUUAUCAGCAGAUAAAUGCCCAGAAAUAGUAAGAACUAAAAGAAGAUAUAGAAAAUGUUACAAAACAGAUGAGUGGCAACCAGGAAAUGAAGAAGCAUAUGAUCAGUCUAGUGAAUGGUCUGAAAGUCCAAUAAUUCGUAGACGUAAAUUAGAAGAAGCUGAAUGUUCUGAUCUCUUAAAAAUAUCACAUAAUAAUUCAUUUGUAAUGGAAGAUGAGUUUGAUGCAAUUGGAAGAAAUGUUGCAGCAAAACUUAGAAAUAUGAGAUUAGAUCAAAGAAUUAUAGCUGAAAAAUUAUUAAAUGAUAUUUUAUUUGAAGCACAAUUAGGAAAUCUUCAUAGAGAUUCUAAUAUACAUGUAUGAGAAAAAUAUUUUAUAGAUUAAGGAUCGGGUGUAAGUAGACAAUGUGAAUAUAUAUGAAUGAAUGUAUAAGGGAUCAUAUAUUUUUUAUCAAAUUACAUUUAUUAAUAUUUGUUCAUUGAUAUUAUCUUAUUAUACUUUAUAUAAUAAUUAAUAAUUUUCUGCUAAGGCUAAGCAGUUAGAUACAAAAUAAUGUGAUCUAUUUUAUAUAUUUUUUAGUUUACGUCACGAAUAUCGUGAAAAUAAAUAUCGAUUCUAUAUAAAAUGAUAAGUAUUUAAAUUUAAUAUAUAAAAUCUUAAAGAUGAAAAUACAUAAUAUACAUAUUUUAAUACUAAUAAGUAUUCAUAUUAUUGCAGUAUUGUUCCGAAAUAAGUAAGUCGCUCGGGAUCAAGUAUACAAUAUUGUUCCGAAAUAAGCAAAUUAUUUGGGACCAGUCAAUUGUUUAUGAUCAAAUAUAUUAUUAAUAUUCUUCUUCAAGUUUGCUUUUAUUCUCAAAGGAAUCUUGAGAUAAUGGUAAAUUAUAAAGAUUUGAUCGAAUAAUAAAUAUUUAAAAAUUAUUAUUUAAAAAAAAACAGAACAUGAUAUAUUUUCUCACUCUAGCGAUUCCGAAUAUAAAUUCGUAUGAAUAAAAUAUGCUUCAAUUUA